AUGGCGACAUAUGUAUCUAUGAUAGAUAAAGAGAUCAAACACUUUGAUGAAGUGUUACAUUCAGUUCCCUUUAACUCAGACUGUUCCAAACUUUUUUUACGAGUUUAUGAUCUAUCUUAUGAUCAAUUAAUUCAAUUGAAUAGUCAAACAAAUAAAUUCCCAAUUGAAAGUCAUAAGUUGCUUAAGUUAGGUAUAUCCUUGGGUAAUUUAAUACGAACUUAUGAGAUUGAACAUGCAGCUUUUGAGCAUCAAGUUCAGCAACAGUUGAAUUUCUUCCAGAAACAAAAGAAAGCCACUCAUACAAGACAGAAAAGUAGGAUAAAUCCUCCGGAAUUAACCACACCGCAUUCUAUUAAGAAUGAAUCUUCCCAUUCUUUGGGAAGUGAAGGUGCACAUUCCAUCACUUCUGGUUCGAUGCAUUCCUUUCAAAUUAGAUUCUUGAAGAACUUGGCAAAUAUUUUGAAGAGCUUUGAUAUUAAUGAUGGUCAACCUUCUACUACUGUGAUUCCUACUCUGUUUCGUCAGUCUAAUGGAAGCAUGAAUAGAAAGAGCACCGCGUCUAUGAAUUCACUUCCUCGAACUCCUCCUCGACCUAUUUCAACAUCUACGCAACUAUCAUCAGGUAGUGGGAUCUCAAACGUGAAUUAUUCUCCAAUCAAAUUAACACUGGGACAAUUAUUGAUUGAGAAACUAGAGAUUAAUAUUAAUUUAGAUAGUCUUUUCACCUAUAAGAUUGUAUUCAAGUUGUUUUUAAAGAUAUUUGAAAUAUUAAAGAAGAGUAUAAUUCAUUCUGGUAAUGAAAAAAUAUCACUUGAAUUGACACCAACAUCAACAUCGUCACCAAAUGGAACUAAUGAAUCAGGAGGUUGGGAAAGUUCGUCUAUUUUCUCCCUGAAUUCAAUCCAUUCCCAAGAUUCAGCAAUGAGUACUGAAGAAUAUUUAAAGAUGUUGCAUCAAGUGAUUAAACAGAUAUCAUAUGGUAUAAUGGAACCUUUUAUAUUGAUGAUUUAUCAUGAGAUAGUGGAACCAGAAAUUCACAAUGGGUUUUCCAGUUUACUUGACAGUUUAUAG